AUGACUGAAAGACCCUUAACUGACCCUUCCCCGUUGGAAAUUGAGCAGUAUACCGGGAGCGACAGACACGAGAACGCAACCAAUGAUCCAGCCGUAGAGUUUAGCGGGUUUGAUAACUACGACGACAAUGAUUACGAGAGCAGAAGGCUAUGCUUGGUGAGAACUAUUAGCUCGCUAAGUCAUAAAGACGGAGGCGAUCAAUUGGACUCGAUGUCAAGAGAAUUGUCGCGGCAGAUAUCGAACAAAGAGGGCGGACUCCAGUUGAAGUUGGAGGAGUUCAACUUGAUCAGAAUCUUGUCAAACUUUGUCUACUUCUCAAAGAAGCAAGGGAUUGCAUUGAGGAGCAGCGGAAUCACGUUUCAAGAUCUUUCUGUUUACGGUACCGACGAGACGUUUGCGGUGGUGCCCACGGUGCUUGAUUUGUUGAAAGGACCCAUUGGAGGGUUGCAACAGAUCAUAUCCAGAUUGAGGACCCCACCCAAAAAGAUUUUGCAUAACCUCAACGGAAUGGCACGGCCUGGCGAAGUGGUGUUGGUGUUGGGCAGACCAGGGGCCGGGUGCACCACUUUUUUGAAAAGCGUGAGCGGGACCGACUUUGACCUCUACCGAGGCGUGGAAGGGGACGUCAGGUACGACGGAUUGAGCCAAAAGGAGAUGCUCAAGCACUUUCGGAACGACUUGAUCUACAACCCGGAGUUGGACGUGCACUUUCCGCACCUCACGGUGGACCAGACGUUGUCAUUUGCCAUUGGAUGCAAGACGCCGGACGUGAGGGUCGAUGGAGUGAGCCGGGAGCAGUUUGUCAAGGCCAAGAAGGAAAUCUUGGCCACGGUGUUUGGGUUGAGACACACCUACCACACCAAAGUCGGGAACGACUUUGUAAGAGGUGUAUCUGGAGGCGAGAGAAAGAGGGUUUCCAUCGCCGAGGCUUUGGCGUGCAACGGGACAAUAUACUGCUGGGACAAUGCCACCAGGGGCCUCGAUGCCUCGACUGCGUUGGAGUUUGCGCAGGCUAUCCGAACCUCAACCAAGAUUCUCAAGACCACGUCGUUUGUGUCGAUCUACCAGGCAGGAGAAAACAUCUACGAAUGUUUUGACAAGGUCACGGUGUUGUACCACGGAAGACAGAUAUACUUUGGCCCCGCAAACAAGGCCAAGAAGUACUUUGAGGACAUGGGGUGGGAGUGUCCGCCAAGACAGACCACUGCGGAGUUUCUUACGGCAUUGACAGACCCGUUGGGCAGGAGAGCAAAGUCGGGCUGGGAGAAGAAAGUUCCUCAAACCGCCGAUGAGUUUGAAAGUCGUUGGUUGCGCUCGCAAGAGUACAAGUCAUUAGUUUGUGAGAUUCUGGAUUUCAAUGCUUCUACCGACGUCGAUGAAGUCAGGAAGGCUUAUUACCACUCGGUACAGCAGGAGAAGAUGAAGGGAGCCCGCAAAUCCUCGAGAUUCAAGAUAUCUUUUCUACAACAAUUGAAAUUGUGUAGUCGGAGAAGCGUCCAGCGGAUCUUGGGAGACUUUGCGUACACGGCGACUCUUGUGGGAGCCGGUGUAUGCCAAGCGUUUAUUGCUGGCUCUUUAUACUACAACACGCCCGAGGAUAUCACGGGAGCCUUUUCACGAGGAGGUGUCGUGUUCUUUGCCGUCUUGUUCAUGUCGUUGAUGGGAUUAGCCGAGAUCUCGGCCUCCUUCGCCAGCCGACCAAUCUUGAUGAAGCAGAAAAACUACUCCAUGUACCAUCCAUCAGCCGAUUCGCUUUCCAACUUUGUCACAUCGAUACCCAUCAGCAUUUUCGUCAAUGUUUGCUUUGUCGUCAUCUUGUACUUUUUGUCAAACUUGGCCAGGGAAGCGGGCAAGUUCUUCAUCUGCUUUCUUUUUGUCGUUUUGCUACAUUUGACGAUGGGUUCAAUGUUCCAGGCAGUGGCAGCCAUCAACAAGUCGGUGGCGGGCGCUAACGCUUUGGGCGGAGUGCUUGUGUUGGCAUCUUUGAUGUAUUCUUCGUACAUGAUCCAGCGGCCCUCCAUGCACCCUUGGUUCAAGUGGAUCUCCUACAUCAACCCCGUGUUGUACGCGUUCGAAGCUAUCAUUACAUCUGAGUUUCACGGACGCCACAUGACCUGCACAGGGAGAUACCUAGUACCGUCGGGACCGAGCUAUGAGGGUCUAGAGCCGGGCAAUCAAGUCUGCUUCUUUCCGGGGUCUGUUCCUGGAAGAGACUGGGUUUUGGGCGACGAUUACUUGAGAGUGGCUUACACAUAUAGCUUUGCACAUGUUUGGAGAAACUUUGGAAUCUUGAUUGGAUUUUUGGCGUUCUUUUUGGCAAUAACAUCAUUGGGAACCGAAUACAUCAAGCCGAUCACAGGCGGCGGUGACAAACUUUUGUACUUGAGGGGAAAAGUGCCAUACACAAUUGUGGACCAGGACAGACGCGAGGCAGGUUCCGAAGCAGGUCCCGACGAAGGACCCUCGAUUGAAGACUUGGUUGAACACGAGAGGAGCUUUAAUCUGGAAGGAGGAGACCUAAGAGUUAAGGACACUUUUGUCUGGAAGAACGUCAACUACGAUAUCCCGUACGACGGUGAGCAAAGGAAGCUUGUGGACAGUGUCAGCGGCUACUGUGAGCCAGGUACUUUGACUGCUUUGAUGGGAGAGUCCGGUGCCGGUAAGACUGUCUUGCUCAAUUCGUUGGCGCAAAGGAUCGAUUUUGGUAUUGUAUCGGGAGACAUUUUGGUCAACGGCAAGCCGUUGGACUUGUCUUUUAGUAGGAGGACUGGGUAUGUUCUUCAACAAGACAUUCACGUUGCCCAAAUCACUGUACGCGAAUCAUUGCAGUUUGCAGCAAGGUUGAGACGGUCAAACACGGUGAGCGACGCGGAGAAGUUGGAGUAUGUUGAGAAAAUAAUUGAGGUAUUGGACAUGACCAACUAUGCCGAUGCAAUUGUCGGAAGACCAGGCAACGGUUUGAAUGUCGAGCAAAGGAAGAAAUUGUCCAUUGGGGUUGAGCUAGUGGCCAAGCCUUCGUUAUUGUUGUUUCUUGAUGAGCCAACCUCUGGGUUGGACUCGCAAUCUUCAUGGGCUAUCAUCAAGCUACUUCGCGAUUUGGCCAGUGCCGGCCAAUCGAUAUUGUGCACCAUCCACCAGCCUUCGGCCACGUUGUUUGAAGAGUUUGACCGGCUCUUGCUCUUGAGAAAAGGAGGACAGACUGUGUACUUUGGAGACAUUGGUGAGCGCUCAAAGGUCAUUUUGGACUACUUUGAGCGAAACGGAGCAAGACGUUGUGCUGAUACCGAGAACCCAGCCGAAUACAUCCUCGAGGCGAUUGGUGCUGGUGCGACUGCUUCAACCGAUAUUGAUUGGUUCCAAACGUGGUCAGACUCUCCAGAAAAAAGAGCAACCGAUGAAAAGAGAGAUGAGUUGAUUGACAGGUUGAGCAAGGCGCAAUCCGAUCUAAGCAAGGAAGAAGAGGAGGAGUUGAAAAAUAAAUAUGCUACUCCGUAUUGGCACCAGUUCAGGUGGGUAUGCAAUAGAGGCGCGUUGCAGUUUUACCGGGACCCAGAUUAUGUGGCGGCCAAAUUGUUCUUGAUGACCAUAUCAGGCUUAUUCAUAGGAUUUACGUUUUUCGGUUUGAAGUAUACCAGAACAGGUGCCCAGAAUGGUAUGUUCUGCGCAUUUUUGACGGUGGUGGUGUCUGCACCCGUCAUUAAUCAAAUCCAAGAAAAGGCAAUUGCCGGUAGAGACUUGUUUGAAGUGCGAGAGAAGUUGUCCAACACGUACCACUGGUCCUUGAUGAUCAUCUCCCAGAUAUUGAACGAGAUGCCCUACUUGCUCAUUGGCGGGGCCUUCAUGUUUGUUACCGUCUACUUUCCGACUCAAGUAGAUAGACAACCACUGCACUCGGGUAUGUUUUACUUUACGCAGGGUAUCUUUUUGCAAGGCUUUGCCGUGUCGUUUGGUUUGAUGGUCUUGUACAUUGCGCCUGAUUUGGAAAGUGCCGCGGUGCUUGUUUCCUUCUUGUACACGUUUAUUGUGGUAUUCUCGGGCAUUGUCCAACCAACCGAGUUGAUGCCCGGGUUCUGGAUUUUCAUGAAUAGAGUUUCCCCAUACACAUACUUUAUCCAGAAUUUGAUAACGUCAUUUUUGCAUGGGCGAGAGAUAAAUUGCACGCAACAGGAAUUGGCCUAUUUUGAUCCGCCUCCGGGUCAAACGUGCCAGCAGUUUGCUGGUGGGUUUCUAAAUCGUGCUGGAGGGUAUUUAUCGGAUCCUGGCGCCUCUUCCAAUUGUGGAUAUUGCCAAUUCAACAAUGCCGACGAGUUCUUGGCAACACUAGGUGCAAAGUUUUCCUUUAGAUGGCGGAACAUCAGCUUUUUCGUCGCGUACAUUGCUUUCAACACCUUGAUCUGCAUGGUGCUAUACUACGUCCUUCGAUUUGCCAAGCUAGUGAAGAUCACGUCGCUUACUUCUAAAACGAUACAAAAGAGACUAGGCGCUAAUCUUGCAAGUGUUCCAGGGAAAACAGACUGA